AAACACUAAAGAGAAUAAACCGUUGAACAAGCACUGUUUUUAGAGAGAGACAUUUUAUAUAGAAGUUAUUGAAAAGCGGGAAAGAUUAUCUUUAUUAUUUACAAUUGGAUUUUAUACAGGAGUUUUCAAUGAACAUUGUCACUGGAACAUUGAUGCAUUCAUUGUGUUAAAACUGUGAAUUUUGAUUUUCUGUGAAAGAACAUUUGAAACAACUGAGAACAAUUUGAAAUAAACAAUAAAGUUGUUUUGAAAACGUGAAAGUUUUCAAAACUGCAGUGUUUGAUUUCUUCGUAUAAUUUCCGUCCAACCGCCAAGAUUGAGUAUACAGAAAUGAGCCCGGAGAUGUCCCUGAAGGGACAGGCUCCGCCGCAGACACAGCUUCCAGCUAGUCACGGACACCAUCCGGGUAUGAACGGCCCGUCCCCAGGGCUCAAUAAUAACGAGGAACACCAUAGCGAACAUCACCAGUCACCUAAUGGACAAAAUGGAUCGCAAGGUUCGGGUGGACCAGGGGCUAAGAAUGCGGCUGCAAACGACAGAGUAAAGCGUCCGAUGAAUGCAUUUAUGGUGUGGUCAAGGGGUCAGAGACGGAAAAUGGCCCAAGAAAAUCCGAAAAUGCACAAUUCAGAAAUUAGCAAGCGACUUGGUGCGGAAUGGAAGCUUCUGUCAGAGACUGAAAAACGUCCCUUCAUAGAUGAGGCAAAACGACUGCGUGCAAUUCACAUGAAGGUAAUUGCGGAACACCCUGACUACAAGUACCGGCCGCGACGAAAAACAAAAACUUUAAUGAAGAAAGACAAAUACGCUCUCCCUGGUAUGCCCCCGGGGACUGGCGGUAUGGGGAUGGGACAAGUGGGACGUGACGCAACAGGAAUGUACAUGAAUGGAUACAUGCCCAAUGGAUACCCAAUGAUGACAGACCCAAAUGCUUACCAGCAAAUGCAACAUAUGGGAGCCGCCUUCCAGGGCGGUUAUGGACAAUAUUUACCCGCUCAGGGUAUGCCUGUAGGACAAGGGACAACCACGGGCUCGUACAUGAAUGGUAGCUCAAGUUAUACAAUGUCUAUGGCGCCAUACGGCAUGCCACCCCAAUCUCAUAUUGUCAAACGUGAAUCGAACACACCGCAAGGACACUCAAGUGCAGGUGCACCGCAGGGCGCCUCUGGGCGACCAAACGGUGUAGCUCCUGGUGACUUACGUGAAAUGAUCAGUAUGUAUUUACCCCCGGGUGCAGACCCAAAUGACCCAAGUGCUCAACAAAGAUUACAGCAACAAAUGCAGGCAAUGGGACAUUAUCAAGUACCGUCCACCGAAUCCAUGAACUCGAACACAGUACCGCUAACUCACAUGUGAACUUGGACAAAUAUUUCAUAGAAAACAAUCAGUAUUUAUAUACAAAACGUGAAAUAUGUGUGCGUACUUGUUAAUGUGGAAAUGGUGUAUAAAUGUGAAGAUAUCUCCUAUACUUAGACGUGUUUUAAUUUCUUAAAUGUUCUAAAAUUACUUCUAAAUAGCGAAAGGGGAUACUUAAGACACAGUUUAUGGUGAAACGGACACCUGUGCUUAAAUAUAUAUGUGUUGUUGAACUUUUAAAUUCUUGCAAAUUGUCCCCAAAAAAUGAAUGUAAUUUGUUAUCAAUGUACAUGGCAUACGAGUUUACACGUCUCACUACGCUGGUUAAUGUUUUAAACAUUAACAUAAAGGUAUGAGUGUUCAAAUAACAUUUUCUCAUGCGUUCAUCCAACUCCAUGACACAUUGCUCGUCUUGAUUCGCGUUCCCAUCCCGAAAUCCAUAUAUUGAAUAAUAUUGAAAAUUACUUUGUAUAAAAUGGUGCCCUAGGGCGUUGAUUUAAGGGUAAGCAAUUGUUUAUGUUCACUUAACAUGUUACCAUUCAAUUAAAUCUAUAGUCCUAUAAAAUUAUAUUCCGAUAGCGGAGUAAUUCUAUUGUUUUUGUAGAAUUUUGCCUCGAGAAAAUUUGAACAAGUUUAAUAGCAUUAGAAACUAGGAAAUAUACACUGACUUUUUUUUAUUUUAUGUUAUAUUAUGUGGUUUUUAAAAUGAAAACUUUAAUUCUAAUGUUAUCGUCACGAGUAUUUUUUAUUUCAAAUAUUCGCAUCAUUUGCAAAAGAGGUAACUCACAUGUGUUCUUUACCUUUGUCUCUAAGAAAAUAAAGUAACUGUAAAAAUGUAUAUAGCAAUUCUGUGCUCAGAGUUUGGUGCCGUUUUUAUCAAAGGAACAAUUAUUUUGAGGCUCAACCCUAUCUGACUUACUUAUUUUCUCAAAUUGUGAAUAUAUAUAUAUAUAUUGUGUUUCAGUUUUAUUAGAAAUUGUCUUAUUUUUUCAAAACUAUGUCACAUCAGAAAUGUAGUGAAAAAACACAUUGAAAAUAGACAUUUAUUAUUUAUAUUAUAUAUUGUUGAGAAGACUUGAACGUCAUAGAUGUAUAUAUUAUACACUUACUAUAAAAAUAAGUUCUUUUUACAAGAAAAAAAAAUAAAUGUCAUUGAAAGAA